GAUCAAGGUCCGGUAUGGCUUUUCAAUUGAUAGAUAUACCUGAAGAAUUGGAUAUUUUUCUCAAAUUAUUGACAAAAACUAAGUCGUCUCGUUCUUUGGUCGCAAUAUUGCGGGUAUAAGUCGACAUUUGAUUGGAUAAUUUUUCAUGACGUCAAUGGGUAUCGUUCGUUUCUACCUGUUCGCGGAGCCGCGGUUUCAGUAGACAAGAAGGAAUUACGAAGAAUUGUGGAAUGGAGUAAUGGCGAAGAUAAACUUUUCGAAAAUUCUGUUUUUAAUAACGGUUGAAAUUGCGACGCUAUUUAUCACAGUCAAUGGAGGUUACCUUGGAUGCUAUAAAGAAACCACACCUCUCCGAGUUUACACCUCGAACCCUGGAGCUUUAGGGAAGUCACCCUUGACACCGCAGACUUGUUACACACUUUGUGGAGGACUCGGACAUAGCUAUGCGGCGUUAGCGUUUGGACGAUUUUGUUUCUGCUCGAACACGUCACCAGAUGGUGCUUUGGUCAGGGAUAAUUCGGACACAAAGUGCACCUUGAGUUGUCCCGGUGACCCGCUGCAGAAUUGUGGAUCGAAAGCAUACGUAAAUGUAUAUAGCACGCCAAUACCUGUAGACCUUACGAUCAGCGCGGCACCAAAGACAGUCCCUGCUGGAACUAAUGUAGUCCUCACGUCAGCUGUUCAACCGAGCGGUAUUGGGUUCGAUCUUCGGGUUGAUUUUGACGACUUUGCCGGUAGGACAGAAUAUGAUGAAAACGGAACGAAUAUUUUGCAACGCACUUUCCAUCAAGCCGGCGAGUACGAAAUACGUUCGUACGUUACUGACGUCGAUAAUAUGUUACCCGAUGUUGAGACCGCCACCUCUGUUAUUGUAGAAAGCAUUCCGGAUGGCGUAACACUUGAUUGCCCGACUGAUAUGGCAACGUACAAAGAAGACGCAUGUUUUAUAACAGUUACACGUGGUACGAACAUGAACCUCGAGAUCUCUUAUACAGAUGGAAAUCCAGGAGUGGCGGUAGUCGAAAAUUUGCAAAUAGCAGAUUCGAUGGAGUAUUCGCUGGGAAAUUUCGUGCAAGAGCAUAUGUUGUCGCCUUUAGCCACAUACACAUCCGGUACAAGCACUGCAGGUCUGAUAAUUCACCAUGGCAACCCCGCACAGUAUCCAGGCGUACUUGUCGGCUUUGAGUACUAUGGUGUUGGCACAGGAGCACUAGAUUUUUACGUGUAUCGGCCUAGCUGUGGAGGGCAGGUGUAUUGCUAUGAUACAAACACUUGUCAAAGCACGUGCGAUGUUACAUGUGGUGUUGAGGGUUAUUGUAUGGACACCGGCAGUUGCUGUGGCUCUCCCAUCUCCCGAACUCCGGGUCUCCUUGCCAGCUACACACUUGAACAUACAAUAUCAGUAAAUGUCACCCCAGGAUACCACUACGCACCUUCACCAGCAGACCUGAAUAUUCAGCCCGGGGAUGUAAUAGCACACGACGGGAAAGCCACACCAUUAAUUGCAAAUUCCGUUCCAGAUGUACCCAUCGGGACUGAAUACGACAGUUAUUGUGCUGGUCAUGUAGCACCAGCAAGUAUUGGGUCUACUGCCUGUACCUCAACAACGGAGGUACAUCAACUGAAGGCGAUAUUUGCCGAUACUUCAGAAAUAAUGUACCCGCUAGAAUUCACAAUGCCGGGAAGUGUAACAUUUCAGGCCACGAUUUCCAAUCUGGACCAAGUUAAUAUCCCGAAUAGUGCCAUGGUUAAUUCUACAACUAUAAAUGUUUUGGAAGGUGUGAAUGCAGCCAUACUAAAUGCCCCAGUUUACGUCGCACUUAAUACGCCGACAGAUUUUAGUGUUGAGCCUUAUACAGGUUCACCUGCAAAUGUCGCUUGGAACUUUGAUACUACGCCAUACGAAGGCACCGACCUUAUAACUCAGAGUCACACCUUUGCAACCUUAGGUUCCUACAACCUGACCGUCAACGUUUCUAAUGCUGUAAGUUUCAAGUUCAACUUCACAACCAUUUAUGUUGAAGAACAGAUAACUGGGUUGAUUGUAACUGCACCCAUUAGUUAUGUUGAGGUGGGUGUGGUAACGAAUAUAGAUCUUGGUAUGACAGGCGGAAGCGAUUACGUAUGUGACUUCGAAUUUGUAUGUGAGGAUGGCAGCGUUGAAUCUGUACAAAUAACAGAAGCUGACGGGUUAAGUUUUGAUCAUACAUUCAAUAUUGCUGGUGACGUCACAAUAAACGUUAAUUGCGCUAACAAUUUAAGUACCGCACAGACGACCAAGAACAUCCGAGCAGUUGAACAACUUAUCAAUGUUGCAUUAACGCCUCCAGGUGCUGUUGCAGGAGAAUAUUUCAAUUUGAUGCUGACAUGGGACGCAGGAACAGAUGUCUCCCUGGACAGCUUCACAUACGACGGUAUAGCAGUUGCCAUGACUGUAGACGGAGCUCUACACCAAGCGACUUCAGAUAAUCCAAGACUGGAAACAGUUACAGGGACACAUACUAUUUCAUACCAACUUACAAACCCCCUCGGUACGGUAUCAGUACCAUCCACGAGUUUCACCAUAGAAAUAGAAAUCACAGAUGCUGUUAUCGACUGUAUAUUUCAAAACGAGUUUCCCGCUGUGCCUGGUUCUCCUUACACUAUUAUCCCCCUGAAUUCCGGCGUGAAUUGUACAGUGGAUAUGGUUGCUGGAACCAGCGUUGCCAUUGAUAUUGACUAUAAGGAUGGCUUUACUGAUAAUCUCGCCGCCAGUACAGGGCAGACCUGGGCGUCAGCCGUGCCAGGGUUCAGCUUUCCGAUAACACACACUUUUGCAACUUCAGGAUAUUAUCAUAUGACAGUUACAGUGUCUAACGCAUUUAACCUUGUGUCGGAAACCUAUCCGGUCGCCGUAAUGGUCGGCGUAGACAAUUCUGUUAUGGAUCCGGUUGCGCCAGUGAGAUUCGGCCCCCCGGCAGUCUUAAAUUUUACUUUCAGCAUAGUAGGGCCUGUCCCCAAUGACGUCAGAUGUUACAUAGAGUGGGGUGACAAAAAUUAUAAUGAAUAUGACCCGUGCGAUCUAACAGACGUAUUCACCCACAAAUAUCUGGACAAAGAUGGUACUUUGACGUUGAGGUACGUACUUGAAAAUCUUGUUUCAAGGAAGGAAGAUACACUGCCAGUAUACAUUGUGACCCCGAUAAUCGAUCAUGAAUGCUACACCAGCAAAACAGCUGCAAGUCGAGAUGAACCUAUCGAUAUUGUUUUUAAAACGUGGCGAGGCCCAGGAGUCGGCGAGCUCAACCUUACAUUCGUCUGUGACGUAACAGUUCCGGGAGUCAAGACCACAAAAGCGAGGCAAUAUGCCAGUCCAGAUGGAGAAGACACCGAGAGUUGUACUUAUACUGCUACCGGACCGGUGACCAUGUCCAUUCGAGCGGUCAGCCUCAUGGAGGACAUAACCUGUACCCAUACCUUCCAGGUACUGAACCCUGUAACAGAAGACUUUGAUGUGUCUGUACUAAGUGCUCCGAUGGAUUUUGAAUUUAAUCCAACAUGUGAAUUUGACUACGUGAUCGUAUAUAAUGGAAGUCCUUAUCCUGACGCAGCUCAAAUCGAAAUUGAUCCUGGCGACAACACUACAGUUAUUACAUAUCCAUUUUCACCAUCAAAGAGUCACCACUAUAGCUAUUCUUCAGAAGGACAUUAUAUAUCAAAGAUACGAAUCUUCAAUGACGCGUCUGAAGUGACAAAAACUAUACUGACCGGCUGCUAUGCAUCGUUUUCCACCAUAAGUAUUGAAGUCAAAAGAACCCCUGUAUUACCACUUGGCAGUCCAGAUUUAUGGGGUUUCGGCGUGACACAGAAUAUGUUUAGCGGGGAUGAACCAAUCAGGAUAUACCCAACAUUUACUAAAGGAACAUUUGUAUGGUGGGAAGUAUCAGCUGUGAGCGCUAACAACAUAUACAGCUGCAAUGACACCAACAAGGAUGUUAUAACUCUAAAUGUGGAGGAGGCCGGUGUGUACACAAUAACGGUCACGCCAAAUAAUCCUGUCCAUUCAGGACCGUCAGUACAAUAUACUGCCGAAAUCAUGAGGCCUGUGGAUAAUAUUACCAUUACAGACAUUCAACAAACCAGUGCCUAUGAAGACAAAUAUUUUAACGUUUCCAUGCAGAAUUAUGGCACAGGAACGUGUGUAGCCGUAGCUUUUGGUGACACCAACGUAAUUGAACUGUAUGGUGACGCAGCAACGUGUUCCGGUCGUUCGGCGGCGGAAGCUUACUUCCAAGGAGCCUCAUUCCAGGACGGAAUCCUUACAAACGUUUCCAGUGCUUUUACUCUUCGACACCAGUACAAGUCUGAGGGAACGUAUGUCUUGCAAAUGUUCGCAUGGAACUUUAUUUCAAACGCCACGGCCGAAUUUCAGUUCGCUGUUUCUGGGCUGGACUGCAGUGCUCCAAACAUAGAUAUAAGAAACCGCUGCCGGGAUUUCCGUUAUCCUAUGACUUGCCAACGCAGCAAACGAUGUAAGAUUACGGGAUUGGCCGAUAUAACUUGUCCGGAUACAGUCCGUAACACCAAGCUCUGGACUAUGUUCCAAAUAGAUCAGGCAACAAAUACUAUUAUCAAAGAAAUAAACAUAACGGGCGUUCAAUCAUGCAUCAACUCAGAACUGGCGUUCAAUCCGAUGUCUUUAGACUUAGACUAUGCUGUUUAUCUUUUACAUUACAAGGUUACUAUGUUAACUCCAAGUGAAAAUGGUGCGGAAUUUUCUAGUACAGCAGAGACAUACCUUGAAAUUGUCCCCACAGAUAUUGUUGCACAGUUGUUCGAGAACUCAAUGUCCUUGGUAACCGUGGGCCCGAACACACUGCUUACUUUAUCGCCGAUAACGUACUCGGAGGAUCCGGAUGCUAACAGUGGUGAGGAAAAGGUAUUUGAUUCCUUCGCGGCGGCUUGCCGUGACAUAACCGCGAACGAAACUUUCCCAGAUGAGUCGGUUGAGGUGGUACCUAUGAACAAGAGUGGUCUCCCUCCUGGACAUGUAAACACAGGUGGAUGUUUUCAAACAGGGCCCGGUUGGUUCAAAAACUUUGACGGAUCUGUCACAUUCUGGACAAGUAUUCUUGAACCUGAUCAUAUCUAUGAAAUAAAAGUUAUUGUACGAAAGGCCGCAGGAGGUAAGCAAAGAGAAGCAACCGUGUUUGGACAAGUGCACGUGAGAACUGCAACACCGCCUACUUUUACAAUGGACUUCAAGAUUCCAAAGAUUUUAAGAACAAGUUCAAGCGGAAAACUUUUCAAUCCAAACAACCAGCUUGGUAUGUUGACCACUUUGACGAGUCCAUGUUCAGCAUGCAGCUUCCAGUGGGAAUUAUACGCUUAUGACUACCAGUUCUGUGGCCCAAUAUACGAGUGUUGGAGGGAUUUGGAAUAUUUAGGCCGAUUUAUCGAGGGUUCUCAGUCUCAGGAACUUACCGUUCGCACUGAGGUGUUUGAUCAUUACCUUGACGUCGACGACUUUCAACUUCGCCUUACUGUAACUGAUGAUGAUUCUGGUAUCAGUGGCGUCCGGAUUUUGAAUUUAAUUCGCAACCACCCACCCGAGGGCGGUAACUGUACCAUCACGCCAGAAAAUGGAACAGCAAUGUACACGAACUUCACGAUCCAAUGUCCGGAUUUCAUAGACAGGGAAGGCAAUGAGAUUGCCGACUAUAAAAUAACAUGUGACACUGGUGAUGGAAUGAGUACAGUGUUAGAAGACACAUGGCCAUACUGGGAAAAUAAAAUGCUUCCGGUAGGGGACAAAGAGGACGGCUAUAAAUUGAGAUGCAGUGUGACAGUGACAGAUGAGCUCGGGUCGGCAGGAACAUAUCCUAUACCGGAAGUCACGGUUGAAAUGAUGUCCUUGGAUGCAUACAGACAAAUGUUAGAGGGCAUGAAGGAAACAGGAAACGACAUUAUAGACAUGAUACAGGCCAUUGCUAACCUCGCCGAUACAUCCAGUUUUGUUUCAUCCAUGAUCUCUAUGGUGCACCAAUCGAGUGAGAAUGAUGAAAAUACAGCGUAUGCUUGCCAGGGAACUUUUAUGUCUUAUGCAAGUACUGGACUAAAUAGCAAUGUGAACAGGACAUGCUCUUUCACUCAGGAAGAAGAAGAUACUGAGAAAAAGGAAGAAUUUGAAAACUUUCGUGACACUACUGCCAAAAUGGUUACACAGCUUGUCGAUACGCUUAAAGAUGUUACGGCGGAAUCACCUGCUGAAACACAGCAACUUACACUCUCCAUAGCAACAUUGAGUUCUUCUAAAGCCCAUAUGACCCGCAACACUCAGUCUGCGAUGACAGAUCUGUUAGAAAAAGGUUUGGACAAUAUACAGGCAAACGAGGAAUCCAUGUCUGUAGAGCAGAUGACAUCGAUUAGUCAAAAUAUUAUAGACGCUUGCACAAAUAUUGGGGAGAGUGCAGCAUUAGGUGCAGACAUGCCAACAAACACCGACCUGGAAACACAGGCUACAGCUGUUCAAAACUUUGAUUCAAAUUUGGAUUCGACACGUGAUGAUGUUCCGACCUCUCAAAAUGACGCUGAUGCUCUUAAAAGCGGGAAAAAGAUCUAUAACAAAGACGUGCAAAAAAGCUUUACAUCGAGCAAUCUGAAACGAUGUGGAAAUAUUCAAGAUAACUUAGUUGAGCUCCUCGGUAAAAAACAACCUAAAUCACCAAAGCCAAUUAUAAUGGAAUCAUCUAGUUUUGUUGCGAAGAUACACAAGAAUGCUGCUUCGUCACUAGUAAAUCAAUCUGUGGAAGCAGGAGGCUGCUCUGUCGACGUUCCUGAUGAUGUGUUUCCAUCUGCGGAUAUGGAUAAUACCUACUUAUUUGUGGUAACAACGCAAGCGGCUCCCCAGGUCGUACUUCCGGAACACAGUCCCGUUGGCGCUCAUUCUAGAACAGUAUCAGUGAGUUUCAAAGAUUCGAAUGGAAAUAAAGUUAAAUUAAAACUGAAAACACCGAUAGUAUUAAGGAUCAGGUCAGACCCAAAUCUGCCAAAAUUAGAUUUAUCAGGCCUGCCAUUGGCGCACCCUGAGAUUCCUGAGAACAGAUAUGAGGAGGUCUUCUUCUAUCAUCAAACGACACUUUAUAAUGAAUUUGCAGCAUUGUCAAUUCAAUUCAGACUGAAUGACACCUCGGCAUUUAUUCAGCUUCUGGUUCUUGUAAACUAUAUUGACAAACCGGAAAUUGACCAGACGAGAUCCAAAGUGAAGCAUGUCUGCAGUAUACCAUCAGAUACGUCAUUAGCAGGAACUUAUGGAAGCGCAUCCGAGCCGGAUCCGUAUACUUGCUUUGUCCCUGCAGAAAUUGUGGCAGAAAACACUGGAAAAUAUAGCAUAGCUGUUCGACAACUGCUCCCCAACGAACUGAAUAAUUAUAAAAAGAUAGAGGAUCUACCAACAACUGUUCCAACAGCAUGGAAGGAGAACAAAAUCUUCACCACAAACUAUGUUAUUAACCCCGUAGAAGUUACGUGCCCUUAUUUUAAUGAUGGGGAAUCUGAGGCAAGAACGGAUGGUGUCGUGCCCAGCCCGUUGUCUAACGAAGACGCCGUAGUGUGUCAAACUAGUCACACUACAACAUUCGCUGGUGGAUGGGCUGUCGCCCCUAACACGAUAGACUGGAAUUUUAUCUUUUCCAAUGCAGACUUCUUCAAAAAUCCAACUUUGUACAUCACGGAAAUAGUUAUCGCAAUAGCGUACAUUAUCGCCAUGAUCUGGGCGCGAAGGAAGGAUAGACAGGACCUGGAAAAGCUUGGUUUGGCGCCAUUACUUGAUAACGACCCACGGGAUAAAUAUUACUACGAGAUCAUGGUAUCAACCGGAAUGAGACGAGGGGCUGGAACUGAAUCAAAGGUACACUUUAUCCUGUCUGGCGAAGAAGAGGAGACAGACGUGAGAACAUUUGAGGACAAGAAACGAAAGAUAUUUACACGCGGUAGCACUGAUGGAUUCCUCAUGUCGGUUCCAGAAUCAAUUGGAGCACUGAACUAUCUCCGGAUCUGGCAUGACAACUCCGGCAAAGGACGUACGGCGUCUUGGUACCUGAAUCACGUGAUCGUGCGAGACGUACAGACGGACAAGAAAUACUACUUCAUCGCCAACAGAUGGUUUGCUGUGGAAGAAGACGAUGGUCAGGUUGACCGUGUCAUUCCAGUUGCCGGCAAAGAACAAAUGACUGAAUUUUCUCACCUGUUUGCUGAAAGAGCGACAAAGAACCUUAGUGAUGGUCAUCUGUGGUUUUCAGUAGUUGCUCGACCACCACAAAGCCGGUUUACCCGCUGUCAGCGAGUCUCUUGCUGCCUCUGUCUGUUGUAUACUUCAAUGCUUGCUAACGCUAUGUUCUAUGAGACAGCGACUUCGGAUGCAAAUGCUUUUCAAUUUGGACCAUUUGCACUCACAUCAGAACAGAUUUUCAUCGGCGUUAUGGCAAAUUUGAUAAUAUUCCCAGUAAACUUUUUGCUCAUCACGCUCUUCCGGAAGUCCCGUCCACGCAAGCUCCGGCCGUCUCGCGUAGAAGAGGCGAUAAAAUCCAAACCAGACCGCACAACAUCAAUGGCCGACGUUAAUCCACGAGUGAAAAGUUCUCUCGAUUAUGAAAGACCCGGAUCUUCAUUCCUUAUGGAAACUAAACGCUCACAUUCGUCAUUGUCACGUCCAGAAUCUUCUAUGUCCACAACAAAUGUCGAUGCUGGUCACAAGAAGAAGAAAAAGAAGUGUGAGCUCCCUUGGUGGUUCACCAUCAUUUCUUGGAUACUGCUAUGGAUCGCCGUACUGGUCUCCGCGGCCUUUGUAACAUUCUAUGGAAUCAUGUUUCAGGAUAUCAAAUGUAAGAAGUGGAUAACAUCCAUGCUGAUUUCAUUCUUCACGUCAGUUUUCUUCACGCAACCAAUCAAGGUGUUCCUUCUUGCCAUCAUAUUCUCACUCAUCAUAAAGAAUCCAGGCGGAGAUGAGGAUGACGAUGAUGAAGAAGCCCCGAAAAAACUUGAAACCGAUGAAGAGUACCUACAUGAUGAAGAAGACGAGUUUGGCUUUGUUACCCCACGUAAACCAAUGUAUAAACCCAAACCACCUGACACUCGAUCUUUAGAGGCCGCCAGGAAACAAAGACUGAAAGAGAUACAGAUGUGGUCAGUCAUCAGAGAGAUUUUGUUCUAUGCUUUCUUCUUGUGGAUACUGCUCGUAAUAAGCUAUAGGAAUGUCAGCACGAAUUCGUAUAAUUACAAACACAAUAUGCAGAAAGUGUUUAUCCUAACGAAUGACACCAACAAGGCUUUCUCUAAGGUGAAGAAUACCAAUGAUUUCUGGAUGUGGGCAAAGAGUGGAAUGUUGCGUGGUAUUAGAGCUGGACCGUAUUAUAACAACUUCCCGCCAUUUUACAUGCGAGGGUAUAUAAAUGACAAACAGUCCCGGCUGAUGGGCUAUGCUAUUCUUAGACAAGUUAGGACCAAACCAAAUACGUGUACAAUACCGAGCUAUGUUGAGGGUAUUAUUGACGAAUGCAACGGUGGCUAUGAUAUCGCUGAAGAAGAAGACCAAGACUAUGGUGCCGGAUGGACUUCUAUGUCAGUUAACGGUACCAGAGAGGAAUAUAUGUACAAGACUGCCUCUUCGCUAGAUAGCUUUCCGUACUGGGGUGAGAUGGCAUUAUACGGUGGAGGAGGAUAUGUUGUCAAGCUUAACAAGGCUUAUGAGGACAUGAUUGACGACCUUGAUCAACUCGAAAACGAAGGAUGGGUCGAUAAAUAUACAAGAGCUGUUUUUCUGGAGUUCACGGUCUACAAUCCUUCGAUAAAUCUCUUCUCCGUCUCCACACUACUAGCUGAAUUUAUACCAAGCGGUGGUGUAUUUACAUCGUUCAGAUUCGAGCCGUGCAACUUGCUUCCGUAUAUGAAUUCUGCUUUGCUUUUUCAGAUCAUAUGCGAAAUUGUCUACUUCGCAUUUACUGUAUUCUUUGUUUUUAAGGAAAUAAGAUAUAUCAUCAAACAAAAGAAGGAAUAUUUCUUACAGUUUUGGAAUCUUGUUGACCUAGGUAUUUGUGCCAUGUCGGUAACUGCUAUUGUAAUCUAUUUCUACCGCCUCUUCUGCAUCAAAAGACUAACCGAAUACUUCAAUGAAACUCACGGAAACGAGUAUAUGAAAUUCCAGUACGUAGGCUAUUGGAGCGAAAUCUUCAACUACAUCAUUGGAUUCCUGGUGUUCUUUGCCACUCUUAAGUUCCUCAAGCUCCUUCGCUUCAACAGGAAGAUUUCCAUGCUGUCAGACACCCUUAGAAACUCGAGCAAAGAUCUGAUCCACUUCAGCAUAAUCUUCAACGUCGUUUUUCUCGCUUUUAUCCAAGUGUUCUACCUUGUCUACAUGUCACAUUUAGACAUCUUCAAGACAUUCGUCAGCUCAUGCGAAGCUGGUAUUGUUAUGAUGAUGGGAAAGUUUGACAUCUAUAACAUGCUUGGUGUGAACCAGUGGCUAACUCAGAUCUUCAUAUUCUUGUUCGUUGUCACGGUAACGUUUAUUGUCGUGAAUAUGUUGCUGUCCAUCCUCAAUGACACAUUCUCCGCUGUCAGGAACGACACGGCGAAACAGCAAAAUGACUAUGAAAUUGUUGACUUUAUGCUUGGAAGAUUUAAGAUGUGGACAGGAAUUGGCCGAGGCAGUACAACAAUAUCACCGACUGAAAUGGAAGAGAGGAACAAAAAUUACAGAACUCUGGAAGGACAGAUUGAUUACUUCCCAGAUCAGAUUGACAGGUUCUUGGCGUCAAUAUCAAACAUGUACAUGGGAGAUGCAAAGUUUGACGAUUUCCUGCACAAAGGAAUGGCCAAGAAAAUGGCAAUGAAAGCCCAAGCCCAAGAAUCGGGAAUGACUCAUCCGGCUCCUCGGUAUCCUGGUGCACUGCGCAUCAGCCAUGGCGCCCGCGGAAUGACUGACGUACAAACUGAUUAAUGGCUGACAUCAUUUCAGCUGUUUACACGUGUUUACACGUGAUACCACAUCCAAAAAAAGGGCGAAGAAUAACAGACAUGAAAAUGAAAUGUUUAUGUUUUUCUCUUUAUUAAUUAUUGAAGGUUGAUAUGUAGUUAAUUAUUCUCGUUUGAUAUACUUUUCUCUGUUCAUGACUGACUGUUGGAGACCAAGCUUAUGAAGAACUUUUUUAUAUUUUAUUCUGAAGUUAAUCAUAAAAGUAAUAGCUGAUAAUUUGUUUUUAUACUCUUUACUUAAGGUGAUGUUAAAGACAUAGCUUACCGUGUAUUUUUGUACUUUUCUCUUUAACUGUAUGCAAAAGACAUAGCUUAUAAUUCUCUUUUCUGUCCUUUUCCCUAGACCUAUAUGUUUAGAAAAAAUGAAAUGAUCUACUUUUUUUACACUA